AUGGAGAGUCCUCACGAGCACCAGCAGAACCUACUGCUUUCACGUAUCAUUACCAACGUUGAGAAGCUUAAUGAGGCUGUUAUUGUGAUGAACAAGAGUCUUCAGGAUAUCAACAUCCAGAAUAUGAAUGUCGAGUUGGUAGCUCAAAUGUUCAAGAACUACCAAUCGAACGUUUUGUUCCACCUAGAAGCCACGGACAACUUGAAGCCCCCGAAUUAA